AUGGCGUCUCCGUAUGUAUCGCAGGUACGUGGCACGUGUGUCGCCCGCAAUGAGCUGCCGCCAGUCACUCCCUUCGCCCCGUCAACCACCCCAAUGCCGUCGCCGGGUGUGCUCACUCGACGGCCCGCGCGCUCCUCCAUUGCAUCUCUCUUGCUGCCCGCCAAACUCAAUGGCGCCUCGCGGGUGCUGCUUUCCCCCAAUCCCUUGGCUCAAGUUCCUCGCGGCCGUGCGCGCGGAAGCGGCGUGGUGCGCGCAUCCGUGAGUGUGCUGGACGAGGCGGAGCGCGAGCUGCAGCGCAAGUCGAUGGCGGAACUGCGCGCCCUGGCCAAGGCGCGGGGGCUGCGCGGAGAUACCAAGGCGGAGCUCGUCGAGCAGCUGCUGCUAUCAGGCGCGGCCUCACUCGCGUACUCCGCUCCCCCGCAACCACCCGCCCCCCCGGCCGUGGUGCCGGGCGGCGCGGACGCAAUGACGCAGCUGCUGGAGAAGAUGCCGCUUCCGCAGCUGCGCGAGCUGGCGCGCGAGCGGGGCUCGCGGUCAUCCACGCGCGCGGACAUCCUCCGAGACCUGCGCCUCAUAAUGGCCGGACAGCCGCUGCCCAAGCCUCCCCCGCCACCCGCGCCUGUCAUCCCCCCGCCCUCCCCCUCGCCCGCGCCCCCAGCCUCCCCGCCCGCUGCCGCACAAGGCGUGUCUGCACCUGCGCGGGUCCCCCCAGCAGCCGCGGCGGGCGCAGGAGGAGGGGCGGGGGCGCGGGAAAAGGAGCUGCUGGGGCUGGGGCUGGCGGAGCUGCGGCAGAUGGCGCGCGCGCAGGGCGUGCGCGGGGACACCAAGGCGCAGAUCGUCGCCGCGCUGCUAGCCCAGAAGGCCGCCACGCCAGUCAAGGCCAAACCGCCCUCCCCACAACCCGCUGCCCCUGCCGUCGCCGCCUCUCCUGCUCCCGCGGCCGCCAAACCUGCUCCCAAGCCUGCUGCUCCCAAACCUGCUGCUCCCAAACCUUCUGCUGCCAAGGCUGCAGCAGGCGGGGAGAAGGCGGCGGGGGAGAAGGGGGAGGUGGAGCGGGCGUUGGAGGCGAUGGAUAUGGGCGAGCUGCGGUACCUGGCGAGGGAGAGAGGGCUCAAGGGCGACACCAAGGACGAACUCGUCAAGGCCCUCGCCGAGGGACCGCCGCCCACGUUGGGGUUCAUAGGGCUGCCUCCGCCCUCCGCCCCUCGCCGCCGCCGCAUGCCCAAGUUCCGCGCGCCCCCUAAAGACGUCCCCGCGCCCGCCGCCGCUGCUGCAGCUGGCGCUGAGCAGGCGGAGGGGGAGCACGGGAAGGCACAGGCGGAGGAGGCGGCGGCAGCAGGGGAGGAGGAGGCGAAAGAGGCGGAGGUGGCAGCAGGGGAGUCGUUGCUGCCGCCCUUUCAAUCCACCGCUGCACCCGACUCCCCUUCGCCCGCCCCCGUGCUGCCCGCGACUCCGGGGGAGAUGGCAGGGGAGGUGGCGCGGCUGAGGGAGGCGGUGGCGGGGAUGAGGGGGGAGGUGGAGGAGGAGGCGAGGCGGGUGAAGGGGGAGAGUGAGGAGGAGCGCAACAGCAAGUACCUGCGCAGUGCUGUCAUCGGGGGCGUGGGGCUCGCGCUGCUGCCGCUGCUGCUGCCCGCCCUCAUCUCUGCCGUCCGCCAACCAGCCCCUCUCCCUCAGGCACGGGUGGAGCUGGCAUCGGAGACGGCGGUGCUGCUGCAGUCGCUGCUGGCAGCGGAGUCGUCCUCGCUGGCGGAGCUCAAGGCCCUCGUGCCCCUCAUCGCCCCUGACCUUGACGACACCACCCGCGCCGACCGCGCCGCCAUGUUCUGCCAGGCCGUGCCGCCCGCCUCCCGCUCCCCCCAGGCUGAACGCUUCUGCAACGCUGUCAGCGCCGUCAGGGGGGGGCAGUGA